CAAUUGGUUCUGUCAGUUCCCACCACCUGGCCAGCCAUGCCAGCAGCCAGAAAGAAGACGAGAAUCGGGUUGUGCAGUUGUUUCGGCAGCGACGAUCCACCGGAAAUUACAUAUCACGUGGUCGAGAAUGGGGGCGUGGUCAGUCUACAACCACACCUUCUGACACCGACUCAACCAAUGCCUGAUAUCGAAGAAUUGAAUGCCAAAUUUGCCGAAUUAGUAGAAGAACUAGAUUUAACAGCGGCUAACAAAGAAAUUAUGUUUAAUUUACCUUUGGAGAAGAAAUGGCAACUUUACUUAAGCAAAAAAAUGGAACAAGAAGAUCCCUCUGCACAUUAUCCCGACUACUACAUCGAACGUGUUAAUGCCAUGUCGCAUUUAUUAUUCCCGAGAGAAGAAGAAGAAUUAUCGGUAAGAGUGAAAUUAUUGGAUAACUUGAAAACUGCUCUCAGAACACAACCAAAUAGUUUUGUAACGAGAUUUCUAGACCUCGAUGGACUUCCUUGUCUGCUAGAUUUCUUGAGCAAUAUGGAAUUUAAAACUGCCGAGAGUUCCAUCCAUACAUCACUCAUCGGUUGUCUAAAAGCUUUAAUGAAUAAUUCGAAAGGUCGUGCUCAUGUUCUGGCUCAUCCGACAGCUAUUAACACAAUUGCUCAGAGUCUUAGUUCCACCAAUAUUAAGACUAAAAUAGCAGUUUUGGAGAUCCUCGGAGCCGUUUGUCUAGUCCCGGGUGGGCAUAAAAAAGUUUUGGAAGCUAUGCUACAUUAUCAGAAGUAUGCUUCUGAACGGACGCGUUUCCAGGUAAAUUACUUAUAUUGCUUCUAA